AUGUUGAAUGAUCUCCCUGUCGAGGUUAUCCAGCAAGUCUUCGAGACUGCCAUCAACGGCAAGCAGUCUAUUUCUUUCCGCCCUGCCUUACAGCAAGCUUCGGUGGCGGCGCGAGCGAGCACCCGCCAUAUUUUCCUGGUGGUCGCCGACGACAAUGAAACCCAUGUCGAAGCUGCUGUAACUAUCAUCCUGCUCGCAUCGUCCGCUCUCGAGACCUUCACCUGCGUCAUGCAGACCAAGUCCAUGCGGCUGUACACAUCCCUGCUAGGAACCCACUUUCCCCGCCUGCGCACCCUCACCUUCUGCUGCCACAACGGGACGAGCGUCUACUGCGAUCCCACUUUUCUCCCGGACUGCGGGAUAACAUUCCCUCAAUUACAGUACCUCCACCUGGCAUACACCUCUCCCGACCUCUUCGCGUGCACCCACGGCCUCGCAUGCGACUUCACAACCCGCGCGGGGCCGCACCUGCAGUGCCUGUGGAUAUCGGGCGGCACCUACAUCCUCGAGCCGUACGACUCCUACCCACACGGCGGGCAGGCCGUCCCGAACGAGCUGCAGGCCAUUGCGGAUGCGACCCGCGAGAGGGAAGGUGCCGUCAAACUCAUCCUGCUCCCCAAUAAGCGGAGCUUGGAGUCUCAGAAUACGAAUGCCGGCAAUGGGUGGGAUGCUCUUUGGCUUGUGGACAAGGGUGGGACGCCGUGGCUGGAGCAAAACUGGCUUGCUGCUCGGGCGGACGAGCUCGACCCUGUUCGAAUGGCGGGAAGAUGUACCGGAGGUGCUCCUCACCAUCAUCUCGCGCUACUCAUUCAAUUGCCUGCUCUCUGGUUUUUGUGUCAAUUAGCAAACUACAAGUUCCGCACAAACUACAUUUAUAUCAUUGUGUUCCCACUGAUCUUCCAGAACCCACCGUAA